UCCGCAUCACGCACCACUCGCUCCUUUGUGCUUCUCUACCACACCCUCCAUCCAUGCUGCCCCGCCGUGCACUGCUGCGCGCCGCCGCGCCGGCCGUGCGCCGGCAAGUGCUGCUGCCACGCACCCUGCGGCCUGCGCUGGCGCUGCCGCACCGCAGCCCGCUCGCCGACAGCGCUAUCUUGCGCUGCGUUGCAGCAGCUCGCGGCGUCGCGACCGCCUCGGCAGCAGCGGAGGCGGCGGCAUCGGGCGACGACACACACGCGCCCGUCGACGCCCAGGCCUGCCCGCUGACGCCGCCCGAGGGCACGCUGGCGCCGCACGAGAAGCUCGGCUUUCUCUACUUCGACACCAUGUACCCCAUUGAGCUCGGCUGGUGGGACAUGCGCCGCCUCGUCGGCCGCUUCGAGAGCGCGCCGCUGCUGGCGCGUCUUCGCGCCGCGCUGCCGGCAGGCGUCGAGGUCGGGCACGGCUUCGAGACAGUCGGCGUCGAGCCAAGGUCGAAGGACGGCGGCGCAUUCGCCAGCUUCCGCUACACGCUCGCGGAGGGCGAGAGCGAGAGCGACGUGCUGGGCGCCAUCGAGCGGCGCCUGAAGCGCCAGAUCAAGUCGGUGUACGCGCCUGGCAUGCUGCUCGUCGCCUCGUGGGGGCGCCGCCCGUCGGUGCACGUCGUGCGCGGCACGCCGUGGCGCGAGGAUCUGGCGCGCUUCCCGGCGCGCCAGGUGCGCAUUGCGUUCGAGGGCGGCGAUGGAAAGGCGCCCGAUGAGCAGACGCUGUGGGAGAUUCUGCGCCCGUACGGCCGAAUCCUCAGUCUCGCCAUCGACAAGAAGGAGAACACCGCCGUCGUGGGCUUCGCACGCAUGCGCGGCGCCACGAGUGCGCGCAACUGCGCCCACGGCGUGACGCUGCCGGGCGGCGCCAAGCUCAUCAUCAACUAUCUGCCGACGCUGCGGAGCCACAAGAUCUGGGACUGGCUCACGAGCCACCCGCGCAUCGUGUUGCCGAUCCUGGCCUUUGCGCUGGGCACGAUCACAUACGCCGUGUUUGACCCGAUCCGCGCAUUCUUCGUCGAGAGCAAGCUCAAGGGCUCGUUCAACUUUGAGCAGUACAAGCUGUACACGUGGCUCAAGUCCAACACCGUCGACCUCUUCCGCUCGGAGAAGGCGGCGCCGCGCAAGGACGACUGGUGGCAGCGCGGCCAGGCCGUCGACGAGAUUCGAGGCUGGCUGCGCGAGACGCCAUCGACGUUCAUCACCAUCUCCGGCCCGCGCGGUAGCGGCAAGCACCAGCUGCUCACCGGCGCGCUCACCAGCGAGAUCAACCACCUCCGCAUUGACUGCGCGAACAUCGCCCACAACGGCAAGACGGACUCGGCACUUGUCUCGGCGCUCGCCACGGAGAUCGGAUACUACCCCGUCUUUAGCUGGAUCUCGUCGCUCAACAACCUCAUCGACCUCGGCGCCCAGGGUCUCAUCGGCACCAAGGCCGGCUUUUCGACGCCCGUCGACGCGCAGCUGCGCCAGAUGCUCGCCACCGCCACGACGGCGCUCGUCAGCGUCAAGGAGGCCACGGCGAAGCGCAAGGAGGCCGUGCGCCGCAAGCAGAACGCCAAGGGUGCGGCCAAGAGCGAGACGCCGGCGCCAACGGUCGUGCAGCUUGAGCGCGCCGCAAAGGCCAGCAACGGCGACGAGCUUGGCGAUACGUCGUGCGUGCAGCACUCCGAGGCGGGCGACGGCGAGUACGACGCGCCGGUGCUCGUAUUCGACAACUUCCACCACAAGGGCCUCAAGUCGGACCUCCUCUGGACCGUGCUCGCCGAGUGGGCCGCCGAGCUCACGCAGAACCACAUCGCACAUGUUGUCUUCGUGACCGACAAUCCCGUGGCGCAGAGCAAGACGCUUUCGCACGCGCUGCCCAACGUGCCGUUCGAGAGCAUCGCGCUCGCCGAUGCCGACCAGCAGCGCGCGCGCGGCUACGUCGCGUCCAAGCUGCGCGAGCUGGGGCGGAUCGCGCCGGCCGUGCCGACGGAGAAGGCAGACGACUCGAGCGAGCUGGCCGCAGCGCUGGACGCAGACACAGCGCGCAACGUCGACGUGCUCGGGGGCCGUCUGACGGACCUCGAGCAGCUGACGGAGAAGCUGGCGCUGGGCCAGACGGUCGAGAACGCCGUCGAGGACAUCGUCUCGCGCACCGUCGUCGAGCUCCGCAAGAACGCCUUUGGCGACGACAUGGACGAUGCCAAGGCGCUGCCGUGGUCGCGCGAGCAGGCGUGGACGAUCGUCGAGCAGCUGGCAAAGAACUCGGAGCUCGCCUACUUCAGCGUGCUGCACGACCAGUUCAAGUCGGACGAGGCGUCGCUCAAGGCACUCGUGGCGGCAGAGAUCAUCUCUGUGCGGCACAACACGAGCGGCCGGCCGUCGACGAUCCGCGCCGGGCGUCCCGUGCUGCAGGAAGCCAUGCGGCGGCUCGUCGACGACGGCGUCUUCUCGCGCACGCAGCGGCUGCUCAGCGCCAGCGCCGCCAUCACCAGCGCCGAGACGGCGAUCCGCACCAUCGAGGCCGAGGUGCACCAGCUCGCCGAGCUGCACGCCCUCUCGGGCGGCGUGGCGCGCAGCAGCGACGGCGUGCGUGGCCGUGCCGACUUCCUGCUCAAGAAGAUGGCCGUGCACCAGGGCAAGGUCGCGACGCUCGACGAGCUCGUCGCGCAGCUCAAGAAGGAGCUCGCCAGUGUGGACGCCAGCGGCGCGGCCCCCGCCUGAGAAGGACACAGCGGCCUGCUGUGGCCCGCACGAUACCCCGUCUGCUCCU